CAAACAUUCGACUGGUAGGAGUCAGGCUCUUGGAGUUGGAAUUGCUUUUCCAAGUCUGAGACCGCUAUGGGCAUCUCAUCAGAGGUGAUGGUGCGGUUCGGUCGACGCCGAGGACAGGCGAAGGAAAGCCCGGGAAUAAAGAAUUCUGAAGAUCAAGUUCGCUAUCCACCUCUUCUGCCUAGCAAAAUAGACCUCCGGCAGGUUGCCAUACUUCCACAAGAUGAGUGGAAAAGAAUUAAAGAUAGCCUUGACAGUUUGACAAGAGAAGCAGCAUACCUUCGUGCAGAAAGAAAGGCAAAGAAAGAAAUGCAUUUCCGAUCCCAAGAAGUGGUAAAACAUUGGACUAAUACAUACGCAGGGAUGAAAGAACAGAAACUUGAAGCCAAAAAGAAGCGUGAUGAAGAAAUAGAGGCAGAAAGACAAGUUCUUGAUAUAGAAGAAGCAAUAUAUAAGCAAGGAGAAAGAAAAAAAGCCAUUGAAAAUGCAAAGCAAUGUCAAUUUUACCAGACAGAAAGAGUGAAAAACUUUCAUUCAGGACUACUACUUAGUAAAGUUAUGAAAGAACGUGAUGCACAGAUUGAAUCUCAGAAGAGAAGAAUAAAAUCAGAUAAAAAAUGGGAAGAACAAUUGAAACUCAAUAUUGAAAAAGCUUUUAAAGAAGAGCAAGAAAAAGCAGAAAAACGACACAAAGAUAGAGUGGCUCUUGCCAAUGAUCAUUUACAACAAAUAAGGGAACAUGAAGAGGAAGAAGAAAGAAGGAGAAAGCAUGCAGAAAAGGAUGCUGAGGAAAUAAAGCAACAGAAUUUAUUAUAUGAAAUAGAAAUGCAAAAAAAACGAGAAAAGAAAAAAGAAGAGAUAAAUGAAAGCAGAAGACUGUUUUUUGAACAUCUGAAUGAUAAAAAUAUCAUAAAAGCUGUAGAACAGCAGCAGCAAGAAGAUGAUGAUGAAAAGAUUAGAAAAUUUAUCAAAGCAAAAAAACGUCUUACACAAUUGAGGAAGGAAAAAGAAGCUGAAACACACAGGCUAAUGGAGGAACGGAGAGAAAGAAUCAACAACUUCUUGAGUGAACUAAUGAAAGAGAAACUUGACAAUGAAGAUACGAUUAUUGCUAGAGAUAUUGCAGAAGCUGAGGCUGAGUGGGAAAAAAAAGAAAGAGAAAAACAUGAAAAGAAUAAGGCAGAAUUAAAAUCAAUUGCAGAAUAUAGAGCCAUUGUGAUGAAAAAUAAAGAGGAAGAGGAAAGACAAAAAAAAAUUGAGGAUAAAGAACAGUUGCAGGCUAUUUUGAAAGCAGAUCAGAUUUUCUAUGAGCAUGAAAAAGAAAAAAAACUCAAAGCUGAUAAAAAACAUAAGGAAAUUCAAGAGGCUCAUAUUAAACAAAUAGCCAAAAAUAAGUUCAAUGCAAAGCAAGCAAAACAAGCCGAAUUAGACUAUUGGAGACUUACUGAUGCACUUUUGGCUGAAAAGGAGAAAGAAUUUCAGGAUUAUGCCAGAGAAGUAAUUCAAUUUGAGUCUGAGUCAACAAAUAAAUACAUUUACCCUCUAGUAAAAGCUGUUCAGAUGGGACCUGGAGGUGGUCGUGGACCAGUUUUCAUGGACAGAGGUGGAUUAAGACCCAGCUAUCAGGCAAAUGAUGUUACCGGAGUCCAGCUUCCAUUUUAUAACUCUCAUGGAUCAAAAUAUAGUAAUUUUCAAAAAUCUAAGGGAAGACUAGGUUUUACAUGGUAGAAAGUUUAUUUUUCUCAGAAUAAAUUGUAGCUAAUAUUAUGAGCUACAACUAUGAAUUAUAUGCUUAAAAUUUCAUUUAAUAAAGCUGUUCUUCAUCUAA